CUCCUUUCAAGUGGCAACACCACCCCCGAGAUCCAAUGCACCCAGAUGAAUCCAUGGCACUUGAACAAGCUAAAAGAUGACCAGUUCAGAUCUCAAUAUAUAGAGCACUUUUCUCAUCUUACCAAGGACCUCAUACUAACCAACGUCCCUUCCUUUGACAACAGAUUCUCCACAGCGGCAUAUAUUGAGCAAUUCAGUCGAGCCAUUUGCCAAGCGAGCUAUCAGUCUCUGGAUUUGGUUUGGGGACGUUGUUGAUCAUUGGAAAUAAACAAAUUAUGAAU